ACAUAUCCACGUACAUAUAUGUGCUGAAAAAUUAAGAGUCAGACAAAACUCACUUGCAAACAAUUGAACGGUGAGUCGCGCAAAAUUUUGUGUGUUGAUAGUGUCGCAUUUAAUACAAGGGACAACAAGGACAGCAACACAACCAUACCAAACGCGACAUUUAUUGUACAAAUAUAUUCUAUAUGCUAAACUCAAUACAAAAAAAAAUUCGUAACAACAAUUAUGAUCAAUAAGAGCUACCUGCACGACCAAUAACAACACGUUCUGAAUGAGUAUGUCGUUUCGGUUUAUAUUUUUUUUGCGCUUCUGGCUUGCUAUAAAAUGAAAUACGCAAAGACAUACAAUGAGGCGAGUUAAUGAGUGAAACGAGUAUAUGAUUAUAACGCGAGUCGUGAUGUGUGCACAAACGAUUAUUAUUGCUGCCAAUUCCAAAUCGUUCUUUACGUAUGCGCUAUGUGCACAGUAGCAAAAGUUGAGAUACGAAUUUUCUUGAUUGUAUUAGUUUGUGGUCAUUUUGUUUUCCUCUUCGGUUGUGACGAAGACACCGCUUCUACUAUCACACGCGAUUUAUUAAUACUCGAAUCAAUUCUGAUAAAUGGCCGCUUAUCACGCGGCUUGAGGAAACAUUCAUUGAUUUUAUAUAAGAUUUUGAUUUGACGCACGAUCUCCAGAUAUCCUCUAUCAUUUCCUCCGUCAUAAAAUGAUCAAUUUUAUGACAUUAUUCAACGAAGUAGCCAAUCAGCAGAAGAAAAUGAAAUGAAUUGUUUAUGGGUCGGCACAUAAAAGGCUAAAUGAAGAGAGAGAGAGAGAAAUUCCCUAGACUCCAUAGUAAAUUGCUGCAGAAAAUUGAACGUUUUUGUAUCAGUUAUUGAGUAAAUUAAAGAAUUAGACGCUAGAUGAGUACAUUUCGGUCUUGUUUUCGUUUUAUAUAAAUAACGCAAUUGUUCGACUUUGAUUAUAUGGCUUUUUACUCUCAAAUCAGACAGGAGUAUUAUAUUGUAAAUACUUUUUAAAGUAUUUCGGCACCGAAUAUUAGUCUCGAAGAAUUGGAUUAAUAAACAAAGGGACGAUUAGAUGGAAUAUUCGCAUGUGUGUUUCGUGACAAAACAAUUGCGAACUUUAAAUUUUGUUUUCUUUAAACGCAAAAAAAAACAAAAUUCAUUCGCACUCUAAAUAAUUCUAAAUUUUUCCACCGUAUUCCUUGAGCUAUUUGUGACUGAAAAUUUCCUCACGUCGUUGACCGAAAAUUGGCGAACGAAAUUCUUGUUUUUGCAUAAAUAAUUUUGGCGCUUUCUGUAUUAUUGUGUCCAAUGUUUAUUUUCCUUAUUCUCAUGUCUGUACUUUGGUCACUUCCUAUAUGUGCCCAACGAUGAAAAUGAUCAAAUAAUGUACAGAAAUUACAAAGACCAUUUGUCGCAUCAAACGUGUCGAUUUCAAUGGAAAUUUAUAGAAAAAAGAACAUGAGCCACAAAACAAACACACAAACGCUGAAUGAACGUAAUGUUCAUAGAAACAAAUUAAAUUGACCAUUGUUUGGCCUCUCUUGUUGCACUAGAAAUACAACAUGAUUGUUUCAUCUCGACAUUCUGUUACGAAAAUAAAACUCGUUUCAAUUUGCCCAUUGAUAGGAAGCGAACAAGUUUCAUUUCGGCAAACAAUUACAUACAUUUUGCUAUGAUAUGUUUUUUUAAAAUUAAACUCUAGCUGUGCUGUGCCGUGAUGUGAUGUGCUGUGCUGUGCUAUGCGGUGUGUGUGUGGUUUAUGUCGAUUUGAGAUGAAAAUCUAACAAUAACAAUCGAUUUUAUACCACUAUUGUAAUUGAAAAUUAAAAAUAAAAUUAGCCGCGACCUUGCCAUUUUCGGCUUUAUCCCAAUGAUAAGUGGGCAUUAUCAUUAUCAGAGAACCUCACCCAAAAAAAGAUAGAACUGUUUCAAUAUUCCACGUGUAUCGAUUUUGAGUCUUCAUUUGUGUUUGCUGGCAUCAAGUGCAUUGAAACGGAAAACCUUGUUUUAGCCACACCCUUCGCAACGGAUCAAAUGCGCUAUAAGCAAUUGGAAUACAAAAAAAAAUUCAUUCGUUGAUCAUUCAUUCAUUUGACAAUUCUAUAUAAAAUGUUGCCCGCUCAAGUUCACUGACGCGUCAUUCAACAAAUUAAAUUGCAUUGUGUACUUUUCAUCCGCCCGCACAUCAUGCGUGCGUUUGAUUCAAUCCGAUCGAUUCUCAAUUCCUUUUGGAAAUUGUGUGGCAUUGUGUUGCGAUUGUGACUCGUAUGAAGGUGACGCUCGAUGCAUCUGUUAUCGCUUCAUAUUGAUCAGUUUAUCCGAUUGAAACUCACUUCCACAUUAAGUUGCUUCUGGAGAAUUUCGCAACUUAUCAUAUUUGCCAGCGCAAACAUUUUUCCAGUCGAGAAUAAUUUAGAGCGCCUGAACGAAGGCGAUUUGAGUGGUUUUUUUUUAAAUAGAAUAUUCAUGAGUGUGUCACACUGUGGCAGCGAUACGCGGCCCGUGUUAGUAUAUGAUGAAGCGUUCUUUCCCGACAAAGCGGUCAUACCGGUUGUAAAUGAACUCUAUUCAAUGCAAAAAGGGUUAUCUCUGUUUGCUUGGGUAUCUUAUCGAUCCUAGAUGUCAUUGCUUCUCUUGAUGCGUAUCGAUUGCAUACCAUAAUUUUUUUUUCUCCCUUUUUCUUAUCAGAUAAAUAUAACUCCGUUUAAGAGACUGACGUCUAUCACACGCAUGAUUCACACUUUCAAUGGUCAACAAGCAAGACGUGUGAAUUUAUGCAUAAAAGUAAUGACAUUGUUCUAUCAUUUGUAUCACAUGAUUGAUGCCCGUAGCAACUGGUGCACACAUAUGAAAAAUAUAGUGAAAAAUUGAAAAAUUUGCUUGUGAACUUGACGCGUUUCGGCGGUCAAAUUGGUGUUAACAACAUUUAUCGAUUCAAACAAUACACUCCUUAAUUUGGUGCGGAACAGUCACAUAUUCCGUCGUAUUCGACAAAUUAUGACUUCGUGAACAAAUAUCACAAUUUCAAAAUCAACGGUUUCCCAUGAUACAACCAAAUGCUAGGUAUCACUUAUCGAAUUGAUAUGGAAUGAAUAAAUCAGUAAUAAUAAUGAAAUGCGUCAAGAGAACGAAUACCAAUGAAACAAUUUUUCUUCCUGUUUGUUUUUUGCAAACUUUGCUGUUGUAAUAAAGAUUUGGAGAGCAAAAAAUUCAUAUUAUAUAUGAAACAUUGUUUUGGAGCAAAUCGUUCAUUUUUAUUAAUAAAACGGUUAAUUAAACCAAUAUAACUGCCUGCCUGCACACUGUGUCAAAGAGUGACGUUGGCCACAUGUAAAACGUCAAAUCGCCGAGACAACCUUCUGACAGUUCGUACAUUUGACAGUUUGGUUUGUUUUGAGAGCACAAGCCAGUCGGUGUAUGCACGAUUGCACGUGGAUAUCUGAUUAAUCAAUUGAACUAUUCGGCGUGAAUGUUUUUAUUUACAAAGAAUUACGAUGUCAUCGUUAGCGAUACGAGCCUCAUCGGUGAAAAAUAGUGAUGAUUCGAAAAAGAGCAGUGAAAUUAAAUACACAGUGCUAAAUUUACCAGCAACUAAUGUAUUUGCCGCUGAACCAAGUGAUUCCGAAGCGAACCACGCAUUGCAAGGCUUCAAAAAUGAAUAUUCAAGAGCAAAAGGAGUUGAUCAGCAGUUGUCAGCUGUUAAUAAAUUAUUGGUCCAUUACACCAACACCAAUCCAUGGAUACUGGAUGAAAAGAUUCUGUCUCAAAUUUUGGCUGAUUUAUACUUUUAUGCUCCGCCUAAACAUCCGCUUCGCAGUAUUCUAGCUAAAGCUCUACACAAAGAAGCUGCAAAGAAGGGUGAUCUCAUCAUAGAGUCUAUGACACGUACAAUCAUCGAUAGUAAUGGUGUAAUCCAAGAAUCGUUGCAACAAAAUAAGUUUGAUACGGUUGGGGUUAGGUCAUUUGUGUCAUCGCUAUAUGGAUGCUUUGACAAUUUUCCCGAAGCGGCGGCUGCAAUCAAAUCAUGUUUGUCAAUUUUGCUUCAGUCUUUGCAACAAUUUAUCGAUAUUUUCAUGCAGAAACUGCAAAGUGAUUUGUCGCCGGCCCGAAGAAGUGAAGUAUUUAUCGAUUUACACAAUACAAGUCGUGUUGUUGUAUCAGCAAUUCAACAAUUUUAUGAUUCAAUCACCGAUUCAAGUUUGUUGGAGACAAUUCUAUCUCAAUGUUGGGCAGAAUUCCUGGAUAAUCCUGUGUAUGCAGACUCACCAGUGGACACGAAAAUAAACUGUGCCAUCUUAAAGGUGAACUAUGAUCGAUCAUUUGGUGAUAUUUUUGCACCAAGAGAAAAAAUACUCACCCAAUUUGUGACGAGCGAAAAGAUGUCUUCAUUGAAACCCACAACCACACUGUCAAAGGAGAUUUACUAUGCGAUUGCGGUCAUAAAUACAACCGUGGAAAAAGAUUUAUCCGACUCGAACUACUUCCCUGCACUCAAUGCUAUUGUUGAUCGAUUAAUUUCCGUUGGAUGCGGAAGUGGAUUCACAAAGGAUCCUUGCUUGAUCAUGGCUGUAACUCGCGCACUCGUAGCAUGUACCAAGAAAUUGUUGUCUCUGUUAAGAAAAGUAUCAUUGCAUCGAGAUGAUGAUGCAGUGAGCUAUUUACGCAAAACUGUAGAAGAAUGUUUAUCCUUUGUUUGGAUAAAUGUACAUCACUCAGUCGAUUGUGUUCGUUAUUUGUCAAAGGAUCUCCUGAAAAAUGUUCUAAAAUUGGGACAAGAGCAGCCCGAAAUCUUUGGCGAUGUUGUCAACGAAACAGUUAGCAUGGCAAAAUCGAAUAGCACCAGCGAAACUCUCGUCUGUUUACUGUUGGAUUAUUUAUGUCAAGUGUUUACCACCGAAUUCGUUCUCAGUGAAAUGCCCAAUAUCCAACAACGAAUCUUGCAGAAUUUGUUCAACGACUCGUGUUGGGCUACAUGCUAUGAGCAAUUAUUAUUGAAGAAUUCCGAGAUCAAUCUGGAGAAAUGGUGUUUACGGUGGAUUCAGCCGCUGAUGCGCGUUGAUCCGCGCCAAUGGAAGAACGAUUUUGAUCGUUUGAAAAUCAUACGAAACCUUUUUGAACGCGCACUGAAAACGAGGCCCGAGGCAGCCGAAUAUAUUCUUACUGAUGCAAACAUUUCAAUCGAAAUUCAUUUAUUCGUUUUAUGGAUAAUGCGACGAAGUGGUCGUAAGAUUUACGCGCCGGAAAAUUAUCGGGUGUCUGCCGAUCAGAAAGUCAUAUUCGCCAAGGUGCAUCCCUCAGACGAAAUUCGUAUUUUGGCAUUUCGAAUUUUGAUUGAAUGUCACAAAGUGUCGGCUUUGUUUCCGGUCGAGGAUUUAAAUGAAAUUUUAGAGUUUUUCCGAUUCAAUUGUAACGUACAGAAUCCAGCGAUGCGACAACAGAUGAACACAACGAUGAAACGAGCUAUGAAUCGCCUUGAAUGCGGCUACUGCACCGCGAUACGAGCUCCAACGGAAGAGAAUGCCAAAUUGUGUACUACUUACGAAACAUUUUUACGUGAUUUGAUCGCUUUUUGUGUGGAUUGGUGCUUAUUUGACGGUGCAAAUUUUGGCCGUCGAACAAUAGGUCUUACAACACUUCUAUACUCUGUUGAAACUUGGCAGAAAAUCCUCCCCGAAAAUUCGGCCAUUUACACUGAAAAACUAUGGAUUCGGCUACAAAGAACGUUAUCCGAUACAUAUGUCAAUAAUAAAGAUGUGGCCAGCGAUAUUCUUUUGCUCUGCUGGAAAUUCUAUCCGGAAAAAAAGAAUUUCAUAUACAGUAUGGUGGAUCUAAAGAAAUUCGUUACAACAUUUCGCCCCUACGAUGUUAUGACAUCGUCUCAUUAUUUGGUGUUUUCGGCAUUUAGUGAAACUUACUUCAAGAACUAUUACGAUGCGGUACUUUGGUGUGAGACAAUUUUGGAUGAUGGGCUGGCUGCAGCAAAGAAAUCUCUGUUGCAUAUGGCAAGAUAUAAUGCACUGUAUGGGCUUGUGCUGACCAUUCGUCAACUGUUGAAGCGUAUUGAUUUUUCCAGUAUUUCCGACGCCGUUGAAAUUGCAAAUUGGCGCUCAUUCUUCCAAAGAAUAAUCAUAAAAUGUAAAGAACUCACCGAUGUAGCUGCACCUGUUGUGAAUAGCUCUGCGCCAGAAGGCCAUCUGCCCAACGAUUUAAACGACGUAUCACAUUAUCUUGACAUUCCGAAUGAAGAGAAUGAUGGUGGUUCAAAAGUUAAGGUCACAGCUCAGAUGAUUCUAUUGUGUGCGUGGCGAACUGUUCGAGAAUCGGCUCUUCUACUUGGCGAAAUUUCCCUACGUAUUCCAGUUUUAACGGCAUCCAAUCCAAAUGGGCUCGUUUCGGUCGAUCAGUUACUACAAAUCAGUGGACACUUCCAGCAACUUCUCGUUGAAACCAAGCAUCGGGGCGCAUUCGAGCAAUCGUUUUUGGGUUUCUCAAAUUUAUGUUUGCGUUUGUGGCGAUCACACGAGCCGCAGCUACAUUCGUAUCCAACAAAAUUAGUCGACAAAAUUGCGAAGAUUAUCUCUGGCGAAUGUUGUGGCAACGAAUCGGAUGCAGAGAUAGAUGUAAAGAAACUGUGUGCUACACGCCGUUCAGCGGGCGUUCCGUUUAUGGUGCAAGGAGUUGUUACCACCGAGUCACAAGUGUGUUCAUCGAGCGCACUUCAUUUUUGUAUUACAACGUUUUUGAAUAUUGCAAAGACGGGUGUCGUACAGGAAUCUCGAACACAUUCGCUGAACAUUUUGAGAGCAUUGUUCAAGUGCUCUGAGCUGGGUGAAGCCGUGAGUGAAUACGCAAGUGAUGGCAUUGAGUGUUCGAUUCGAGGAUACAGCGCACCAUCAUGGCCGGAACGAAAUUCAUCAACUCUGCUAUUUUCAGCGCUUAUGAUUCGUGUAUUUGGCGUUCCUCGCACUAAAGUCUCAGAAAAUGUGAGCAUCAAAAAUAAGAUGACUGGACGAUUGUUUUUCAUUAGAUACCCACGAUUGUACGAUUUCUUCUACGUUGAGCUCAAGUCUGCCAGUGAGGCAAUUGAACGUAAUGAACGCCCACCACGUUUACAUCCACUUUUGCUUCUCAUUAGUCGAUUGUAUCCGUCUGCUCGCGAAGGCACUGAGUCGAAUUUAAGGUUGUCUACUUACAUUCCAUUCAUUUCAACGUGCAGCUCUAGUCCAGAAUUGGUGACACGUCAGCUUUCGGCCAAAUCAAUAGUAGCUCUCAUUCCUCUAGCAAAUAUUGCAGAACGAUUGUCCAUCAUUUUGGGAGAAAUAAGUACACACACCUCGUUGAAUACAAUUCAUGGCUGCCUGCUUCAAGUAUUGUAUCUGAUACGCUCAACAAAACAAGAAAACUAUGAAAUCGAUACAAAAACCUUGAAGGAAUUCACAAUUAAAUUGGUCCAUUUAAAGUUGCCGGUGAAUAAUAUCAUUGCAAAAACCUAUUUGGAAAUACUUUUGGAGAUUCUACUGACUGACCGAUUCUAUCCAAUUGACCCAGAAUUGGCAAAUCGAUUAAUUGAAGUACGCGAUAAAUUUGUCAAAAACUUUGCACAGAGCAAUCAAUAUGAUAAAUUGACACAGUCUUAUGUACAAAAGUCAUUUACUAUAUUCAAUUUAUUGCUAUCGGCCAAUGUGAAAGAUGAAAUGCCAAUCAUUUCCACUUCGGUGUUAAAUACACAAAAUGAAUUAAUCGAAACCCAAUUGAACAUCAAGUAUCUCUUCCUAUGUCGGCCAAAUCAGGAAAUAAUCGAAUCCACCAAUGAUUUUUCUCGUUAUGAAAUUGAACUAUUUAAAUUUUUCACAAGAAACCACACGAAUAAUGGAAUUAUUCUACGAUUGCUGCUUUCAACUAAGGAUUUGUACCAUGUAAUUGAGCAUAAGAGAGAAUUUUAUCCGUUUGGAGUGAUCAAAGCGUACGAAAUUUUAAGUUUAUUGAUUGCGCCAGCUGAGGCAUUUACAAAUAAUCUUGAUUUGAGACGACUGCAAAUGGGCCAGUUAAUGGAACAUAUGAACGCGAUUGACAAAGAAGGAGUUGAUGAUGUAGAGGAGUCGAUGUGGAAAUUCAUAACGGCACAUCUACGUCACUGCCAAAUCCACCCAUCGCAUGUUAUCACUGGGCAAAUCCAAGAGAUAGUUGCGCACUUGCGGAAUUCAACGCAAUCGUAUAAGUCACUCAGUUUGAGGCAGACUAUUACGGACGUUCUUGCCAUAAUAAUUCAAUAUUUUGCACAAUGCACCAACUUAGAGGUGAUAAUUGACGUUGCCGAACUUUUAUUGAGUUUGUUACGCGAUGAUGAUUUGUACGUUCGAAAUCGUACGUCUGAAAUUGUAAUGGAUUUAAUUCAUCACGAGUCCAAGGAGUCCUUUGAUAAAGUUAUUCCAUUGGCUGCUGAGGAUCACUUAUUGCAAUGGCUUGACUCGAAAUUUGUACAGAUCGCUCGAAAUGACGUGUGGUCAAAAUGGUUGGACCUUCUUCGACUAGUCUUUGCUCCGCUGGGAAAAAAGCAGGAAGACAGUGCUAAUGAUGACAACAAUGAAGAUAAUUUGAUUGAUGUAGAAAUUUUCGAUGAUUCAGAACCCAACACUUUCGACGAGGCCAUAUACAGCAGCCACAAAUGCUACACAUACAUGGUUAAACACAUUAAUAGCGUACAAAUGAAUCCAGACCAAAAACUGGCAAUUCUUUCAGAAUUCUCACCUCUUCAAAAUCUGUAGAAGAAAUAAAAAGAAAACUCGCAUAGUUAAUGAAGAAUUUGUUAAAAUUGAUUUAUUGUUGUUCUUUGAUGGAGUAUUCAGUUCGAUUCGGAAGUGAAUGAACGACAUUUGAAAUAAAUAAAAUUUUAUAUUUGAUUGAAA